AUGGCAUUAGAUCAUAAUUAUAUUGGUUUCAGCAACGGCGUUUAUGAUUUAUCAACCGCUAAAUUUAUUAAUGCAACAGAUGUCCCAAAGGGAAUUCAGGUUCGUAAAUACAUCAAUCAGAGAUUCGAACACACUGAGACGCCGCUAUUUGACAAAUACUUUUCUUUUCAAUUCACGGAAGAAGAGGAUCGCGAGUUCAUUUACUUUCUGAUUGGUCGGUGUCUAACAGUUUUGGAUGACAAGUUUGACUUCAUGCUAAUGAUUCAUGGACAGGGAGGAUCAGGUAAAAGCCUGUUGGCCAAUCUCGUAAAGUUUGCAUUCGGUCAAGAUCAGAUUGGACUUCUAAGUAACUCAAUGCAAGAAAAAUUUGGCCUGAGUGAAUUUGCCACGAAGCAAAUCGUUUGCUGCGACGACAUGCCUCAUAACAUCGCUAAGACGCUUCCCCGAUCAGACUUCUUAUCGAUGAUGACUCGCGGUUCGAUUUCGUGUCCUGUCAAAGGGAAAGGCUCCAUUGAAGUGCUAGAUUGGAAUAUUCCAACUCUAAUCAACUCGAAUCAUAUGCCGAACUACAAAGACGAAGCUGGCGAAAUCGUUCGUCGUCUGAUGAUUGUUGAAUUUGGCAAGCAAGUCCCUGAUGAUGAAGUAGAUGUGGAACUUGAGCAAAAAAUCAAAGAUCAAGAGUUUGCAACGUUCUUGCAUCGAUGCCUCGUUCAUUGA